AUGGUGAAGCUCCGCCACCCACUGAUCGAAGGGGUUGUGCAGCCAUGGGCUGCAAUGCUAAUGGGAGUAUUGUCUGGCUCAAUUCCAUGGUACACCAUGAUGGUAUUGCACAAGAAAUCGGCAUUCUUUCAACAAGUGGACGACACACUUGGUGUCCUCCACACCCAUGCCGUGGCCGGACUUCUCGGGGGACUCCUCUCCGGCCUCUUUGCCCAACCCACGCUUCUGAAGAUGUUCUACAACACAUCCCAUCACAGUCCAGGCUUAUUGUACAGCAUAUUAGAUGGAAAUAUCAUUCCUGGCCUCCGCCAAAUUGGUUACCAGAUCCUAGGAGCAGUUUUUAUUACUGUGUGGAAUGUCUUGGCGACGAGUUUUAUAUGCAUUUUGAUUAGCCGCAUUGUUAACCUCAGGAUGGAUGAGGACGAUCUUGAGAUAGGCGACGAUGCAGUCCACGGAGAGGAAGCGUAUGCGUUAUGGGGAGACGGAGAGAGGCAUCCCCCUCUUCGUUUGCACAUGGCUCCGAAAAUUCCUUCAUUCUGCAGACGCAUUGGAACCAAGACUUAA